AUGGAUAAUUUAACUCAAUUCGGAUUUAAUGAUAAUACAAAGAUUCUAUUGGCUGCUUUGAUUGGCUUACAGUUGCUUCACCUCUUCAAUCGCUCUGAUAGCAUCGUACAUCCUAUCCUCUUAUCAAACCAAUCUGAGCCUAGCGCUGUGAGGAAUCAAAAUCAGAGCGCUAUUUAUCGUAAUUCCAGUAUCGGCCAACUUCCUUUAGUCGAGAGACCAGCAGCCAAAGCACGCGGUGUUGCAGAUUUAAUCGAAUUGGGUAACCCAAAUGCUAAGAUUGUUGUACAAGGAAUCACUUUCACUGUUUCUGAGUUGAUUCGGAAGUCUGUAAACUCAAUUUCAAUACUAGAUAAGCACACAACACUCCGUUCAUCACAAAACUCAGCAAUUCUUAUCGCUUCACAAGAUAUUCUCACUGCCAUUUUACUUGACUUGGGCGCGAUACUUAUCGGUCUAAAGACUAUUCACAUCAGCCCGAAUGACAACAUCAAUACUGCUUUAUCUGCCUUGGAACGCAAAGGUGCAGAAAUAAGCGCAAUUGUAACUGAUGAAAACAUCGGAACUCUUCCAGCACACUUCAGUGGCCUUCUUUGUGCUUUUACCAAGAAAAUCCCACCAAAUUUCGGUCUUAAUUUCAUUAAACUCGAUUUAGAUCAAGUUGUUACUCCCUUAUCUGUUGAGAAGAUCAAUAGGGAGCCCCCUACGACCAUCUCUUAUGUCUUGAGUGGAGAUGAGAUCUAUAGUAUGGACAACAAGAAUGUGACAGCAGGUGUAUACUCCUUACUAUCAAUUAUUCCAUUUGCUAAGAAACCAAUGGAAAGUGACACUAUUGUCACUGACGAGCCGCUCUCCUCAGCGAUAGGGAGGAGUUUACUAUAUACUGCAAUUUACUCAGGUUGCUCUUAUUUCUGCUUACCCGAAAACUCCGCCCUGCCAUUAUCACCCGUACCUCAGUACCUUUUCGUCUCGGGAACGCAUCUUAUGUUACUUGCUCAUGACUUGACUAGCAUAGCGGUGAACAAGUGGUGGUAUAGAUUCAGCAGACGUCACGCCCUGGCAGCAGAUGCUUCAGGUGUCAUCCCUUCACCUUCAUCUUGGGGUGUUUUUAGCAGUGUCAGAAAUGCUAUCGGUUUGAGCAACGGUCUCAAAUUUAUUGUUUCCACUGAUAGCCUAUUAAGUGAUUCAACAGCCGCCGAUCUCCGGGUAUCACUGUCAGUACCGGUAGUCAAAGCAUUAAAAAAUCCCCGCUGCUCCAGUUUUGCUUUUGCAAGAAUACCCUAUGAUACGCUUCAAAAUGGCGGCUGUGGUCCCCCAACGACUGCUAUCGAGGUACGUCUGGAUGGCGGACAUGAGGACGAAUUUAGUGGACGUUUGAAUUUCAGAGGUCCUUGUGUACUAGAGGGCGAGGGUGAUCAGUUUACACAGGCUGCCAAUAGUCCGUUCAUGAGAAUACUCGAAUCAGGGUCCUUCGAUAUCAAAAAUUAG